UGAACACGUGGAAAGAUUCUAACCCAUUGAAUACAUCAAACUAAACUUGAACGUAUAAAAAUGACUUAUAAGCUUUUGGUUGAUUCCAAAAAUCCACCAACGGAUGCCUUAAUUGUAGUAGAGGUAAUCAAUUGUCAAAAUAAAGAAAAGAUUGAAGUAGUUUGGUGCAAUGAUUGGAAAGGUGAUGGACAUAUACAAUUAACAGAUAGUCAAAAUAAAAUAUUAGGAGAAAGAAGCAGUGAUGUUAGUCGCUACUUUGCUAGAACUACAUAUACAGAUCUUUAUGGUGGUAUUAGUCCUCGUGUAAAGACUGAAGUUGAUCAUUGGUUAUCAUUUGCAAUUGGACCUCUAGGGUCUUAUCCACUUAAAGAAGAUGCACUCUGUUAUUUAGAUAAUGUACUGAUGACAAAUACUUGGUUGGUUGCCAAAAAAUUAACAUUAGCUGAUAUCUACAUAUUUUGUAUUCUUUUAAAUAAGAAAUUUUUAGCGAAGUUUGAAAAGCAAUAUAUUAAUAUCAGUAGAUGGUAUAAACAAAUACUUUCACUACCUGCUGUUACAGAGGUAUUGCUUUCAAUAAAAAAAAAUGUUAAAUUAUCUUCUCCUAAUAAUAUACAAUGUGAGAAAGUUAUUAAUAAACAAAUAGGACAAAGAAAGCAAGAAGGUAAAUUUAUUGAUUUGCCAGGAGCAGAAAUAGGUAAAGUCAUAGUACGUUUUCCACCAGAGGCAAGUGGCUAUUUACAUAUUGGCCAUGCUAAGGCUGCUUUAUUAAAUCAAUAUUAUGCAGAAAUAUUUCAAGGACAACUCAUUAUGAGAUUUGAUGAUACAAAUCCUGCAAAAGAAAAUGUAGAAUUUGAGAAAGCUAUUCUAGAAGAUUUAAAAUUAUUGCAAAUCAAACCAGAUCGAUUUACACAUUCGUCUGAUUAUUUUGAUUUAAUGUUAGAAUAUUGUACUAAACUAAUAAAAGAAGGUAAAGCAUAUGUAGAUGAUACACCAGUUGAUGUAAUGAAAGAACAACGUGAUCAGAAAUUGAUGUCAUCAAAUAGGAAUAAUACUAUUGAAAAGAAUCUAGAAUUAUGGAACGAAAUGCAACAGGCUACCGUUAGAGGUCAAGAAUGUUGUGUUAGAGCAAAAAUUGAUUAUCAGUCAACAAAUGGAUGUUUACGGGAUCCAACAAUUUAUAGAUGUAAACCAGAAUCACAUCCUCGAACUGGAACAAAGUAUAAAGUCUAUCCAACAUAUGAUUUUGCUUGUCCUAUCGUUGAUGCCAUCGAAAACGUUACACAUACUUUACGUACAACGGAAUAUCAUGAUAGAGAUGUUCAAUUUUAUUGGAUAAUUGAUGCCCUAGGACUAAGACGUCCUUAUAUAUGGGAAUAUUCGCGUUUAAAUAUGACACAUACAGUUUUAUCAAAAAGAAAAUUAACUUGGUUUGUUGACCAAGGCUUAGUUGAUGGUUGGGAUGAUCCACGUUUUCCAACAGUAAGAGGUAUUUUGAGAAGAGGAAUGACAGUUGAAGGAUUAAAACAAUUUAUAAUUGCUCAAGGUAGUUCAAAGGCUGUAGUCUUUAUGGAGUGGGAUAAAAUAUGGGCAUUUAACAAAAAAGUUAUUGAUCCAAUUGCAACUAGAUAUACUGCUUUGGAGUAUGAUAAAAUUGUACCAGUACAUAUAGAUGGUGCAAAAGAAGAUUGGUUACUUGUUCAAAAUCAUCCAAAAGAUUUAUCAAAAGGAACUAAACAAAUGUUAAUAGGGCCACAGGUGUACAUUGAAAGAGAUGAUGCAAAUGUCUUAACUGAAGGUCAAAAUGCUACAUUUAUUAAUUGGGGUAAUAUACUAAUUAAAAAAAUUGAAAAAAAGAAUGGUGUUAUUACACAGAUAAUAGCACAAUUAAAUUUAGAAAAUAAAGAUUAUAAAAAUACAUUAAAAAUUACAUGGUUAUCAGUACCUUCUAAUAAAAAUGAUGAUGAUAUUAAUAAAACUAAUCUAAUUCCAUGUUAUGCUGUUUAUUUUGACCAUAUUAUAAGUAAACCAGUAUUGGGAAAGGAUGCUGAUUACAAAGAUUUUGUUGCAAAACAUACAAGAACUGAGGUACAAAUGCUUGGAGAAGUAGGACUGAAACGUGUGAAAAAAGGAGAAAUAAUUCAAUUACAAAGAAAAGGAUUUUUUCGAUGCGAUAUACCUUAUGCUCCAGUUAGUUCAUUUUCAUCUAGAGAACAACCUGUAAUCUUGUUUCAUAUUCCGGAUGGGCAUAUUACAAACACAACAAAAUCAAUAUCUAGUAGUACUACAUCAACUUCUGAUAAAAAAAUUAUUCAUGAAAAUAAUAUAAGACUUACUCAUAAUACAGCAAACUUAAUCAGUAACAAAAUUAUUGUGCAAUUACAAAAAAUAUUACAUAAAGUUACUACAGAAAGAGCAGAUAAAGCUAUGAUUGAUGCAGAAGUUAGAACUUAUCUAGCUUUAAAAGCUAAAUAUAAAACAUGUACUGGAAUAGAGUGGACAUUAGAUACUAUGUUGAGGAAAUCACAGCAAAUGAUGUCUAAUGAAAAUAACUUAACCGAAAGUAAAUUAACCGAAAAUGAAUUAUCUGCAAAUAUUAGACAACAAGAAAACAAAAUUAAAGAACUACAAUUAAAAUUGAAUCAAGAAAUGGAACGAUUUUCAAAUUUAAAAACUGAAUAUAAAAAUAAAACUGGUAUUGAUUGGACUGAAGUAAAAGAUCAAAAUACUGUACUAAUAGAUUCAUAUGCUGUGAAAUUAUCAAAUGAAAUUCAAACACAAGGAGAUAAAAUAAGACAGUUAAAAAGCUCGAAAGGUGACAAAAGUGUUAUUGAUCAAGAAGUAAAGAAACUUUUGGCUUUAAAGUCAGAUUAUAAAUUUACUACUGGUCAAGAUUGGAAAGCAUCUAUUAAUCUAUCAACUAAUUUAACAAAUAAAAAUGAAACUUCCGUUGAUCAAAUUUUAAACAGUAUAAAAAAACAAGGAGAUAAAGUGAGACAAUUAAAGGAAGCUAAAGCGAAUAAAAAUGUUAUUGAUCAAGAAGUAAAAAUUCUGUUAGAUUUAAAGAAUAAUUAUAAAAUAUUAACUGGUCAAGAAUGGAAACUAGUGGAGUCUCUAAAGAAAAAGAAAGAAGAUACUUCUAAAUACGAAAAACUAAGAAAUGCAUCAAAUAAAGAAAUAAAUAAAAAUGAAUGUAUGAAAGAUAUAGAUGCAGGUAAAACGAGAUUAGGAUUGGAAGUAAAGAAAGAAGAAAAUUUCUUUGAAUGGUAUUCUCAAAUUAUUACUAAGAGUGGUAUGAUUGAAUAUUAUGAUGUGUCCGGUUGUUAUAUUUUUCGUCCGUGGAGUUUUGCCGUUUGGAAAAUAAUAAAAGAGUACAUUGAUAAAGAAAUAACACAAAUGGGAGUACAAGAAUGUUACUUUCCUAUUUUUGUGACACGAACAGUGUUGGAGAAAGAAAAAACACACAUAGCAGAUUUUGCCCCUGAAGUUGCGUGGGUAACAAAAUGUGGAAAAUCAGAUUUAGCAGAACCGAUCGCUAUACGACCAACGUCAGAAACUGUAAUGUAUCCUGCUUAUGCCAAAUGGUUAAAAUCAGAUACUGAACUUCCUUUAAAACUUAAUCAAUGGAACAAUGUAGUAAGAUGGGAAUUUAAAGAUCCCAAACCUUUCUUGCGUACAAGAGAGUUUUUAUGGCAAGAAGGUCACACUGCUUUUGCUACUAAAGCUGAGGCUGAUGAGGAAGUCAUGAUAAUUUUAGAUAUGUAUGCAAGAGUAUAUGAAGAUUUAUUAGCAGUACCUGUUGUCAAAGGUCGUAAAACUGAGAAGGAGAAAUUUGCUGGUGGCGAUUACACUACUACAGUUGAAGUUUUCAUCCCCACAAGUGGUCGCGCAAUACAAGGAGCGACAAGUCAUCAUCUAGGACAAAAUUUUUCUAAAAUGUUUAAUAUUCAAGUAGAAGGUGCUGUAGGACGAGAUGAAAAGACAUUUGUCUAUCAGAACUCAUGGGGCCUAACAACUCGAGCAAUUGGAGUUAUGAUAAUGGUUCAUGGAGAUGAUAAAGGUUUAGUAUUACCACCAAAUGUAGCUGGUAUUCAAGCUAUUAUAGUACCUUGUGGUAUCACAGCAAAUACAACACCUAAACAAAGAGAAAUACUAUUUUCUGAAUGUAACAAAUUAUUAGAAGAAUUAUCAAAGGAUAAAACACUUAGAAUUAAAGCAGAUUAUCGUAAUAACCGAACACCAGGUUGGAAAUUUAAUCACUGGGAAUUAAGAGGUGUGCCUGUAAGAAUUGAAUUAGGUCUUAAAGACUUGGAAAAAAAUCAGGUUACUUUCGUACGCAGAGAUAUUUCUGAAAGAAUAUUUACAAAUAGACUUGAAGUGGUUAGUGUUUUACAUACAUUAUUAAUUGAUAUACAAGCAAAUAUGCUCUCCAAAGCAAGAAACAAUUUGAAUGAGCAUAUUAAACGUGCAGACAAUUGGAAUGAAUUUUGUUCUUAUCUUGAUAAAAAAAAUAUAUUAUUGUCACCAUUUUGUGGAGAGUCAUCUUGUGAAGAUAACAUUAAAGAUGAUAGUGCAAGAGAAGAUACAGGUGAACUUGGAACAUUAUCAAUGGGUGCAAAAAGUCUUUGUAUACCAUUUGAACAACCAUUAUUAUCAGUAUCCUUUGACAAACAGACAUGUAUCCACCCUAAUUGUCAGAACAAACCAAAGUUUUAUACACUUUUUGGUCGUAGUUAUUAA